AUGAUCAGCAUGGUCACCGGUGGGUUGCUGUUGGUCUGGUGGAUCCUAGUCGCGUCACUGGUGCCCUCUAUCGAUCCCACCGUAGAACUGCUGGAUGUGGUGAGCAAAUCGGCGUGGUUACCGUUCAGCUUGCCAGGCAUGGUAGCGUCCAUUCUGCUCCCCGGUGUCAUAGUGAGCCUCUACUUCGCCCAGAAGGGCAUGGUCUCCAAAGUCGGGCAAGCGGGCUUCUAUCUCUCGCUUCUCGGGGCCGUGAUGUUCGCGUGGGUGCAGAUCGAGCAGACCCUCGUUUGGCCCAGACUGGUGGAAGAAGCGCCACACCUCGUGGACUACAGCCUACCGCUAUUUGGCGAUGUCCAGUUCGAAUUCAUCUACUGGCCCGCUCAUUUACUCUUGGGGAUAGGCCUGCUUUUGUUCGGAAGAGCGACUGUAAAAGCCGGAGUAUUUCCCCGGUGGGCAGGCCACCUACUGUGGUUCGGAGGCCUGAUGUUCGGGAUCAGUGGAAUCGUGCUGGGACUGCGAUUCCUCGCGGUGCUCACACUCGGACCCGCGCUGAUGUGGAUGGGUUAUCUCCAGUGGCGGGACCGCGGGACCGCCUACUGA